CACAAGAUAUUCCACCUUUCAGGUUUACAAAGUACCUCUUUUGAUCGAAAGUUGAUUGACAACCUGUUAAAGAAUUAUAACACUGAUGUACGGCCAGUUGAGAACAAAUCCCAAGUAUUAGAGGUGGCGCUGGGUUUACAACCUUACAGACUUUUGAGAGUGGACGAGGUUGAACAGCUUGUUAGAAUGAGCCUGUGGUACAGACUGAGCUGGGAAGAUUUUUCUCUUUCUUGGGAUCCGGCUCAUUAUGGAAACUUGAAGCGGAUUAAUUUACCGGUGGAUGCGAUUUGGACACCGCCCAUGGGACUGCUAAACUCGCUUGAAACAGGUGUGGCUCCAAUCGUUGAAAGUGGAGAAAAUGGUCUAGGGACAUUAGCCGAGGUCCGAUAUAACGGCCAUAUCAAACUUUCCGUGCCGGCAAUCCUCAGUAUCUCGUGUAUUAUGGACAUGACGAUGUAUCCAUUUGAUAUUCAAAGAUGCAACCUGAAAUUUGGUAAGUAAAAUUAUUUGCUUGCGUGAGUGUAAUAAGCAUAAAAUAUUAUAUGGCUAGCUCCGUGAGCGGCCAAGAUGGACCGAAGCCAGCGCUGUGAUUGGCUACUCGAACGGGCAAGAUGGCGCUAUCUAACCCGCUCGGGGUUACCCGCUGCGUCCCGCAACGAAAUAGUGUUCUUUUUCCAUAUAACAAAUCCUUUAUUGAGCAAGCUUGUUCAGUCAAUGUGGCUGGAUAUUGGCCUCCUUUAUUUUUUAUUUUAUUUUAUUUAUUUAUUUUUUUUGCGUGUUUUUGGACCUCGAUCAUGACUCCGUUUCGAUUCAUAGACACGCAAAAAAGAACUUGGCAGAUACCCAGCCACCUUUACUUCACGCUUGGUCAAUAACCCAUAUAUUACUUAAAGAGAGACCCUAUAUCUCUUCGCUGUGAGGUGUCAGAUAGUUGUUACUCAUCAUGUAUGGCGAUUUACGUUUCUGCUCUCGUGGUCUUAAACAAUGCCACAAA